UACUACAACUACUCAGGUCACUUUCACUGAUAAUACACAUAAAACAUCCCCUCUUUCUCUAGAAUCAAGAUCUUGCCUUUCUUAAGCAAUGCAAUUAUCAUUUCAUUUCAUUUCAAAAUGAGAUCUUCAUCGAAACUAACCUUCUUCUUUUUGUUGAUAACAAUCUGGGUUUUCUCUAAAACCUGUAAAGGCCGCGUCUUUACUUUCAAGAUGCACCACAGAUUCUCUGAUUCAUUCAAGAAUUGGUCAGGUUUGACCAGAAACUGGCCCGAGAAAGGAAGCUUUGAGUACUAUGCAGCAUUGGCUCAUCGUGAUCAGAUGUUAAGGGGGCGUAGACUCUCUGAUGCUGAUGCAUCUUUAGCUUUUUCUGAUGGGAAUUCAACCUUUAGAAUCAGCUCCUUGGGAUUCUUGCAUUACACAACAGUGGAAUUGGGGACACCAGGAGUGAAGUUUAUGGUGGCACUUGACACAGGAAGUGAUUUGUUCUGGGUGCCUUGUGAUUGCAGCAGAUGUGCACCUACUCAUGGAGCUAGUUAUGCCUCUCAGGAUUUUGAGCUUAGUAUAUACAACCCAAGAGAGUCAUCGACAAGCAAAAAGGUCACCUGCAACAAUGAUAUGUGUGCACAGCGUAAUCGCUGCCUUGGAACAUUCAGCAGCUGCCCUUACAUAGUCUCUUAUGUCUCUGCUCAAACGUCUACUUCUGGGAUUUUGGUAAAGGAUGUUCUGCACUUGACAACAGAAGAUGGUGGACGAGAAUUUGUUGAAGCGUAUGUCACAUUUGGUUGUGGCCAGGUUCAAAGUGGUUCAUUUCUAGACAUUGCUGCUCCCAAUGGUUUAUUUGGGCUGGGGAUGGAGAAGAUUUCUGUUCCUAGUGUCUUAUCUAGGGAGGGAUUAAUAGCAGAUUCUUUCUCCAUGUGCUUUGGACAUGAUGGAAUUGGAAGAAUCAGUUUCGGGGACAAGGGUAGUCCUGACCAGGAAGAGACCCCAUUUAAUGUUAACCCAGCACACCCAACCUAUAAUGUUACUGUGACUCAAGCUCGAGUAGGAACCAUGUUAAUCGAUGUAGAGUUCACAGCUCUUUUUGAUUCUGGGACUUCUUUUACAUACAUGGUCGACCCAGCCUAUUCAAGGGUCUCGGAGAAAUUUCAUUCACUGGCACGAGAUAAGAGGCGUCCACCUGAUCCCAGGAUUCCUUUUGAAUAUUGUUAUGAUAUGAGUCCUGAUGCAAAUGCAAGUUUGGUACCCAGUAUGAGUUUAACAAUGAAAGGAGGAAGGCAUUUUACUGUCUAUGAUCCAAUAAUUGUGAUCUCCACUCAGAACGAAAUUGUAUAUUGCUUGGCCGUUGUCAAGAGCACAGAACUCAAUAUAAUCGGGCAAAACUUCAUGACUGGUUACCGUGUUGUAUUUGAUAGAGAAAAACUUGUCUUGGGAUGGAAGAAGUUUGAUUGCUAUGAUGUGGAGGAUUAUAACAAUUUCCCACUGCAACCACAUGCUUCCAUGGUGCCUCCUGCAGUUGCUGCUGGACUAGGCAGCAACUCUAGCACAGGCUCAGAAAAAGAGGCCAGUAAUAAAUCUCCAAGUUCAAUUGCAUCUACAUAUUGCUAUAGCCAUACUUCUGUUUUCACUAGCUUGAUAUCAGUCUUCCUUAUAUGUCUCUUAUUAUAAUCACUGCUUUGUUCAUUUAUCAGGCCAGUUGUAUGAUCAUUCUUUAGGGUAGCUCUAGAUCCUUUAGGUUACAACACCUCUGUAUCAUAUUGAUAGAAUAUCACCACCCCUUUUUGAUAAUGAGAUUAUGUAAUACUGCUUUAUGUAA